ACCGCAGCUAAGGCAGACGCCGCCGCACAGUCGCCAUGAGUCGGGGACUUCACACAGGUCUACGGCAAAGCCUGCAUCCCCAGACUCAUCCGCUGCUAUCCUCAAUCUUUCAAGGGCUCCAUGAUGUACGCUCGCCUGCAGACUUGCUGGCGGCGGCUGCAUGUGCCCUUCCAUGGCAGUUGGUCCAGGUUGCGCAAAGCAGCCUGCUCAAUGUCAGGUAGUCGCAGCCCAGCCGGCAGCCCCUCGAUGCCGGUCCCCUCUCUGAGGCCUUCGUGACCCGACACUGCACGCCGGGAGGAGUAUAUGGCAGGUUGCUGCUCUCCGCCGCUCUCCGCAGCACUUCGAUGCCACCCUUCCCAGCUUCAUGGAAUUCAACGUAGCGCGGAUGGAACGGGCCACUGUAAGGGAGACCGGCGCUCCAGCACUCGCGGGACGGCCUGCGCCGCGCCGCUGUAUCCCUCGUCUGCCGCUACCACACUCCGGCUUUCCUCCCGCUCCCCGAUCCCCUCCCGAAAAGGUACUCACCCCCAAACAAGCCCCCAGCUUCGUCUCACGCGCGUGACGUCUCGGACGCCAGAAAGUACCGCAUCGCGCGCACGCGCGACAUGUACAGCCACAUCGGCGCCCG